ACUAUCCUAUAAUGUACAUUGAGUCAUACUGACGUAUAUACUCGUAAUAUUAGGAUUACUUAUGUCAAUUGACAGAAAUUUAGAUCCAGUCAAACAUGACGUGGCUAUUGUUAAUUUUAUUGACAAUGUGUUACAACAGUUUAUGUGACGACCAAUGCUUUCAUAAGCCAUGUGCCUGUUGUCGCACUUCAAACUGCAAUAUGAACAGCACUUGUGAAAAUGGCUGUAUUGAUGGAUACUGGGGUGAUAGCUGCUUCUACACGUGUCCCGUGAACUGUAUAAACUGUGAACAAAAUAGCCCAUCUGUAUGUGACAAGUGUCACGACGGCUAUUAUAACGGAUUUUGGCAUGACGGCAACAGUUAUGGCCCGUGGACUGAUAACUGUAUAAAUAAAUGUAAUCCUCAAUGUAAAUCGUGCUAUUAUUACCAGCACUGCAAAGAAUGCGCGGAUGGAUAUUACAAAACAAAGUCAGUCGAAAACUGUACUUUACCAUGUCCACAACGAUGUAUUUCUUGUAUUUCGGAAUCAGACUGCACUGAGUGUAAGCCAGGUUACUUUGGUAUAAACUGUUCACAAAUAUGCAGCAAAGGUUGUGAUACAGUGGAGUGCGACAAAAAGACCGGAAGUUGCAACUGUACAUCUAAUUAUAUGGGCGAAACUUGUAGAUAUUGUAAGCAUGAAAAAUUUGGAACAAAUUGUGACUUAGAGUGUCCGGAGAAUUGUUUAGUGUGUAACCAGUCAGACAGCUGUCUAUAUUGUAAGCCAGGCUAUGAGGGGGCAAUGUGUAACCAACCAAACGACCAAACUACGAAGAGGCAAAGUACGCAUGCGCCAGAAUACAACAAAGAUAACAAGACUCUCAGUAUUGCCAUUGGAAGUAUGUUUGGAAUCCUGGCAGUGGUUACCAUUGUAUUCGCGCUUUUGUUUUGGUGGAGGAGGAGACAGAGAAGAUUAAAGAAGCAGCAGAAGAUUAUAAAGAGAAUGGAGAGGAAUACAUUCAAGGCGUCGUCGUCCAGCAAUGCUCCUUUUGAAAUGUCACAAGGUUACUUAUCUAACACUUUAAAUGAAAAUUAAUCAAUUGCAUAUUAU